AUGGGUUUUUUUGUGCACUUAGCUAGACCAAACAUUUUGCUGAUCAUUUACGGGACCGCCAACAGAAGGCCUACACAUGGUUCCAAGAUUCAGCCGGGCAAGGAGGGGGAGGGAACAGAUAAUAAAGAGAACUCUGGAGACAAAAUUGAAGAAGAUGGUCAAGACGAACCACCGAAAGAAAAGGCGGAAGACGAUGCUGGGGCCGAUGAGACAGUCGAGGAGGUGAAAGAGCCCGAAGACAACAAAGUAAACGAAGAAAUUCCUGCUAAAACUCCUGGAGAUGAAAAUGCUGAAACAGUAGCAAAAGUUCACGACGAGGAAGAUGACGCAAGUAGUCAAGAGGGAGAAGAAAACUUAGACAAUGAUAGAGAAAGCAUGGCUAACAAGAUGCUAGGCGAAGCAGAUUCUAACAAUAUUGAAGAUGAGUACAUAACAGAUCAAAUUCCAUCUGACAGAGUGCCCGAGUUCCAGAAACCGGGAACUGAAACGAUUCCAGAAGGAGGACAAGACGUGGAAACAGAAGGGAAAAUAAAACCGGAUGAUACAAUCGUCGCACCUGUUGGACCAAACGCGCAAGAACUUCCUGAAAUGCGAACAGAGCAAGAGACUGUUCAGAACGAGGGAACAAUGGGAACAGAAGGCGAGGGUCAGAAAACCUCCCAGCCAACAAGUCGCGCAGGUGGUCAUUCAUCAGACGCUCAUUUGUCCACAACAACAGAUGGUCCUUCUACUGAGCCUCCACCGGCAGGUCGGGUUAAAAAAGAGCAGCCGGAGAAAAAGAGGGGAUCGUCGGCAAACUCAAAGCCGACUGCCAAACAGUUAAAUCAUUGCUUGAAUCUCGACUGGUGCUUCGGGGUGAACAAAUAUUGCCCAGCUCUAAACAUGCUGUACAAACUAAACGCGGAUGAUCCUGGCCGUGAUUCGGUUUUGUACACGUGUUCGAAUAUUGCUGUUUUGUACGACUUCAACGAAAACACUCAAACAUUACUUCAAGGCCACAGUCACGCAAUUACAUGCACGGAUACAAGCGAAGAUAAACGCUGGCUGGUGACUGCCGAUUCUGGGAAGUUCGCGUCCAUAAUUAUUUGGGAUACCUUCACUUUCAUCCCGGUUCAGACCAUUUUUGAUCCCCAUCCGAGUGCUGACGGAUCUGGCGAUGACACAGGUGUCGCAGCAAUUGCGAUGACUAAUGAUGCCAAGUAUAUAGCUAGUGUCAGCUCUUCGACUCCACAAUCUGUCAGCAUCUGGGAUUGGACAUCUCGUAGUGGUGUCAGCGCCACCGCAAGUGUCACUCUGAGCCUCCAUGACACUCAUGUUCAAACGUUCAUCAAGUUCAAUCCAGCUAAUCCAUUUCAGUUGGUAUCUAACAGCCAAGAUCAAGUCGUAUUCUACCUUUGGGACGGUGCUGAAAACUUGAAUUACCAUGACCCUAAAGUGACCGAUAAGGACUUCAAUAGAUUUGUCGGUACCUUCAGCCAAUCUAUUCACGCUCCUGGAAGUAAAUGGACGUUCACGGCAACGAGCGCUGGCAACAUGGUUGUUUGGGCUCCUGACAAGGCUCUGGACCGACAAGCUGCUAGCACCCCUUCGGCACUAUACAAACUGAAAGCAUUCAAACUUGUGAAGCUGCAAGAGCGAGCCUUAACGGUAUUGACAACCCAUGACCAAUACGUAGUCACUGGUGAUAUUGCUGGGUGCAUUAAGUUCUACGACAACCAAUUAAGAAUGAUCAAUUGGUAUCAGGACUUCGACAGAAUUGGCCCUAUUAAUUCAGUGUCGUUCGCGUACUGUCCAGGGUUUCCGUUCACGGUAGCCAGGAACAACAAAAUGCCGACAGAUGCGACAAUUGAAGCGAAUAAAUUUCCCAUUAAAGAUUUCAUCAUCAGCACCAUAACUGCCAAAGUAGGAAAGGUUCAAAAUGACGGGACUGAACUAGUAAUGAUUUCACAGGAGCACGAUGAAGCAAUCUACGCACUGGCAGCGCAUCCGAAAAGGUCGCACAUUUGCAUGGGAAGUUUUGCAGGUUAUAUCAAAGUCUGGGACUAUGAGAAGAAAAAAGUCGUGUGUGAUCUUAAGCUGAAAUUCAAACAAUUAGUGACAUGUUUGACCUAUGACCCCUCAGGUACUUUUAUCGCCUUUGGGUUUGACGAUGGAAAUGUUCGGGUCAUGGAUUCUUUGACCUUGGCUGAUGAACUCAAACAACCUUUUGCCAUGUCGCAAAAGUCAAUCACCCAUAUCAAAUUCUCGCACAAUUCUAAAUAUCUCGUGACUGCAGAUAAAGACUUAUGCGUGGUUGUCUACAAAGCUCAGUUUAGCGAAGGUUCGGCGCCAUUUGUUUUCUUCGGCAAAAACCGAGCGCACUACAAAGAGAUCACGGAAAUCAUGUUCGGAGUCGCACUGGAAAGCGAGUUUCCACGACUUAUGUCAAUCGGUAGAGACAGAGUGCUAGUCGAGUACGACCUUGAAAACAGUUCGGAAGACGACAUCCGAAUUGCCAGCACUAAUAAAAUCGAGCAAAGCGGGGUACCUUUGAGUCUCGCGUGGUAUCCGCCGGUUAUGAAAGAGGAUUUCUUGAUUACAGCGAACGAUCAGUUUAAACUGAAGUUGUUCAAUUCGACUACCAAGAUGUGUAGGAAAACUGUUCUCGGGCCGACUUACGGGACGCCGCUGACCAAACUGGCGGUGCUUCCGCAUAUCGAAGACCCAUUUAAGGAGCCAAGGUAUAAAGUUCACUUUCCUGCUAUUGAGGCCUGUUCUAAGCUAGGCGGCGAAGACCUAGUCCCUUUCUACGACCUAAUGCAGGGAGGAAGGGAAGGUCAUCUGUUUAAAGAACUCGAGGACUACUUCGAUUACGCAAUGGUCAGAUCACAAGGGGUCAACACAAUGAAAAAACGACAUGUCUCUGUUACUAUUCCGAUCAGCGAGAUCCCAUUUGUAAUGCGAGCUCUCGGAUUUUACCCAACCGAACAGGAAAUCGAAGACAUGCUGAAUGAAAUUAAGUUUUCAAAGUACGUGGAGACCGGAAAUUACGUAACUGACAUCGACCUGAACACUUUCAUAAAGUUGUACGUCAAUCAUCGUCCAGCUUUUGGACUGAACCCGCACCUAAUUGCCGAAUCUUUUGAGCAUCUUGGAGUCAUGGACCAAAAAGGCCAUUACAUAAUCGAUCGCGACGAGUUCAUAGAGAUACUUCAAAACCGAGGCGAGCAGCUCAACGAUUCGGACCUAGCCGAGUUCAUUUCUGUUCUGCUCGGAAUAAGCCCUGAGGGAUCGGUUUCUGAGAUGAAAGAGUUCAAAGCGAUCGAACAAGACCCGGAUUUAUUUGCCCGACUACCGGUAGAAAUUUCGGCCGAUUUGUUUUCGAACACGCUCCUCGGCUUUCCGGUCUCAAGUAUCAUGACCAAUAACGGCGUUGAAGAGUCAGAAAAGGGAUCAAAAUGGACUCCCGAGGCAUCGGCUAAAAGUGUGCGCCUUGUGACCACAGGAACUCAGGCUGAAUGAUUCAAAUUGAAACG